AUGUUUUCUCUAAACUCUCGAACAUCUCAGCUGGCGAUGCGGGGUUUUUGGGAUGAAUACUUUUGGCUGCCGGAAAACACGUCAUGGACUGAUAUGACGAAUACAGAUAAAAUUAGCUAUCCGCAAGUAACUGACCUCCGAUACACUGUGAUUUUUGGUUUUGGUUUGCUGGUCUUACGGGUUCUUCUGGAAUCAUUUGUCUUCCUGCCUUUGGGCUGGAUAGGUGGCUGGAUCUCUUCUCCUCUUCUACCUCGAAUAUGGAGUCAUCUUACAGGUGGUUUCGCUGGAAAAAGCAAAUUCAAAAGGGUCGCUGAAUGUGGUUGGCGUCUCAGCUUCUACGUUUGCGCUUGGAUAGCAGGUUUGACGAUAUUAAUGGGAGAGCCACAACUAAAGGACGUAUCUGAAUGUUGGCGGGGUUGGCCUCAUCAUAAUCUAACGACAGCAGUUUGGUGGUACUAUAUAUUGGAGGCCUCUUUCUACUGGGCAUUGUUUAUUGGAACACUUUGUGUCGAUGUUCGCAGAGCAGACUUCUUGCAAAUGUUGCUGCAUCAUGGAAUCACUAUUUUGUUACUUUACUUAAGCUGGUCUAUGAAUAUGGUCCGUGUUGGUACACUGGUGCUUUUCGUUCAUGAUGCUGCAGAUAUCUUGAUAGAAACAGCGAAGAUUGCCCGAUACGCUAGAUGGGAGACAACGCUGAACGUCAUAUUUGUGAUAUUUCUUGCCGUAUGGACCGGCACGCGCCUCGUCUACUACCCAUUCUGGAUUAUGCGAUCAAUCUGGUUCGACGCUCCGGAAAUGAUUCAGUCGUCUUAUCGCUGGACAAACUUAUGGCAACGGCCCUUGGUACCCAGAGUGUUGAUGGUAAUGCUCUCCGCACUCCUUGUACUUCACGUGUUCUGGACUUACGUUAUACUAAAAGUUGCAUACAAGUCUCUGACAGAAGGUGAAGUCGACGAUGUUAGAGAAGAAAGCGAUUCGGAAGAAGAUGACAAAGUCAAAAAACAAUAGAAAAGUAGUAAUAAUACAAGAAAGUCAGGACCAGCAGAGCCAGGUUUGAUGACUAACUUGAAUGAAUUAUCGCUAUCUUGUCUUCAAUUAUGCAAAUGUUUUGCCCAUUUUCAUAUGUUCUAUUCACGUCUACAAUGAUGACUAGAUACUUCAGGCUUUUUAUUGUAAAUUAUAUGACGUUAGCUAUAGUAUCUAAAGGCGAGAGCCAAAACUAUUCAUCCUAUCAGCUGCUUAAUUCCAGUACUUCUACCUCUGAUCAACCGCACUUAAUCUUGACUGUUUUAGCUUGAUUGUAUUUAUAAUCGUCAAAUCAGAGUCAUUAACUUACUUUGUCAUAAUAUAAAUUUGUAACGGGUUCUCAGAAUCCUCCUUGUUAUACAUUUGUUUCACUCUUUACUGCUUCUUUGUUGUUGAAUUGUGAAGAGCUGAAGCUGUUUUAAGCCACCGUUACUACAUGACUGCCAUCUCUUGCAUUUCAUGUGUCUCAGAUAAACUACAACACUUG